UUUCCUCUCGCCGCUAAGCCAGGUGGUUCCUCAAUUUAUCUCCUCUAUAAAUUCCCACAACCCCCGCCUUUCUUCUCCAUCACAGCAACAAAAAUUCAGAGUUCAAACAAAGCACUAAGCAAGCACAAAUUCAAAGCGUGAAUUCCAGCCAGCAGGAAGAGAAACAUGGACGUGAGAAUCGCGGGUUUGGAUUCCCCACUCUUCUCCACACUGCAGCACAUGAUGGACUUCGCGGACGAGCCUGAGAAAUCGUUCAACGCCCCCACCCGCACCUACGUCCGCGACGCCAAGGCCAUGGCCUCCACGCCGGCGGACGUCAAGGAGUAUCCCAACUCCUACGUCUUCGUCGUGGACAUGCCAGGCCUCAAGUCCGGAGACAUCAAGGUCCAGGUGGAGGACGACAAUGUGCUUCUGGUAUCCGGCGAGAGGAAGAGGGCGGAGGAGAAGGAGGGGGCUAAGUAUGUCAGGAUGGAGAGGAGAGUCGGCAAGUUUAUGAGGAAGUUUGUACUGCCUGAGAAUGCUAAUGUGGAAGCCAUUUCUGCUGUUUGCCAAGAUGGGGUCCUGACUGUGACUGUGGAGAAGCUGCCUCCGCCUGAGCCAAAGAAGCCCAAGACCAUUGAGGUCAAGAUUGCUUGAGGAGUUUUCUCUGAGAUCUGGGUUUAUGAGCUUCAUUAUGAUUAUAGCUUAUGAUAAGGGCAUGGGUAGGUUUUAAGGCCUUUUGGUAAUAGUCCGAUGUGUUUCAUUUUCUUGUUUGUUUGUGUUCUGGUGUGCUAAUCUUUUGCAUUUUCUGAUCAGUUGUGAUGUGCGGUUUUUAUCAAUGAAGCAUAUGUUUGUAAUA